GGGGCAACGCGACCUCCAGUCCCCUCCCGCCUGCGUGGGGUGAGGGCCCGUGGGCUGUCAGCUCCAAGGAGGGAACUAAGGCUCAGGGAGGUAAGGUGACUGGCCUAAUGUCACCCAGCAGGAGGCGCACCCUGGCAGUUGGUUUGGGUUUGUUUUUUGUUUUUGGUUCUAGGGAUCGAACCUGGUCCUUGCGCUUGCGAGGCAGGCUGUGGAACCACUGAGCUAAGUCCCCUCCCCUUUCUUGUUUUUGAGUCUUGCCCUGUAGUUGAGCCUGGCCUCAGGUGAACUCCACCUUGCCCGGGUUAAUUACUGUUUUUGGUAGUACCGGGGAUUGAAUCCAGGGCCUCAAGCAUGCUGUGUAACACCGAGCUCCAUCCCCAGCUCCAGGCAGUCUGGCUGGAGGAGCUGAGCCGUCACCAGGUACCCCACCUCAACCAGAAUGCCUGGAACAGCCUGGAGAAGUACAGCCGCAGCCUGACGCGCACCUACGAGAACGUCUAUGUCUGCACCGGGCCGCUCUUCCUGCCUAGGACGGAGGCUGACGGGAAGUCCUACGUGAAGUACCAGGUCAUCGGCAGGAACCACGUGGCGGUGCCCACGCACUUCUUCAAGGUGCUGAUCCUGGAGGCGGCGGGCGGGCAGAUCGAGCUCCGCUCCUAUGUGAUGCCCAACGCGCCUGUGGACGAGGCCAUCCCGCUCGAGCGCUUCCUGGUGCCCAUCGAGAGCAUCGAGCGGGCCUCGGGGCUGCUCUUUGUGCCCAACAUCCUGGCACGGGCGGGCAACCUCAAGGCCAUCACUGCGGGCAGCAAGUGAGGCGUGGGUGAGACUCUGGGAGCGGGGCCGGGCAUUAAAGUGGUUAUUUUUGGA